AUGUCCUUAGUUUCUGCGAUUCCUGGCGAUGAAGCCUCGGAGGAAUCUGGUUCAGAGCAACACGCUUCCGUUUACCAACGUUCUGGCAAACCGUUGUCGAGAGAAGCUCUUUACAGAGCAAAGUUGAAGUAUGGGGUGUACCAGUCUCCAGCACAAGGGUUGAAAGCCGGUGUGGUGGACUCCAAACAGGCCUCUGACGCAGCAGCCAACAUUGCAAACAAAAAUAAGACCACUAUCGAAGCAUACAAGAGAUUGUUGAACCCUAACGCUUCGAAAGCUGCAUCUGCCUUGUCAGCUUCUGUGAUAGGUGAACAGAAGUCUGCUCCAGUUCAACAUAAUGAUGUUCCAUCGGUAGCCGCAUCAUCAGCAGCAGUUGCUGCGCCCAAAAAAGUCAGCUCAAGAGCCUCUAGUCAUGUAGGUCCAGCACCAAAUUUGGGCGUUGGUCGCUCUAGAGCUUCCAGCAAUGCGGCUGCUUCCGCUACAGCAACUGCUUCAUUGACUGCGAACUCUCCAGCUCCAGUAACCCAGUCUCCGACCUCCAAGAUGAACUUUACCAAAGUGCUAGCUGGUGCUGAGAGAAAUGCAGCCGAAAUGGUUCACAACCGUAUAAACCCGGACAAAGUUACCUAUGUCAAGGGUAUUUCCGACCGUAAUGUAGGUAAGGCCGCUGAUGCGAGCUUCUCUCUCACAUCUGAUUUCGUGUCCCGUUUACCUACCAAGCUGGACUAUGUGGAAGCGGCAGAGAAGGAAUCACACUCUGUGGAAUGGGCCCAGAAGGCUGUUGCAGCAUUGAAGGACUUCAACCCCGACGACGUUACCGAUCCCCACUGGAGAGAAAGAGAAGAGCAGAGAAACAAGUUAAUCAAAAGCUUGAGCUCUGAAGCAGUCUUGAACAAGGCUAGGUACAAUGCUCAACAGCGCUUAGAUACGAUCGAUCGCGAAACCUCUUACAAGGCUAUUUUCAGGAAUGAUGAGUACAACAGAGCUGCUGUUGCGGUUGCACAGGAAAACUUGAAGAAGACACGUUCUGCGGACGCUGUUACUGCCAACAAGGUCAACCUAGGAGGUGGCUUAUGGCUUGCUCCUGGUGAUAUCGACAACAUUGCCAAGGGUCUUAUUGCGCCUGUGUUGGACGAAGUGGACCAGAGAACUGGUGCACAGCGUGCUAUGGAUGCAGAUAUUGCCAAGAGAGACCAGGAGUACAGAGUGCAAUAUGCAGAAUGGGUCAACAUUCAAACUGAAAAGCACACUAACGACACGCUGUUGCAAGCCAAGGCGUUUGAAAGACGUAACAAAGAGGCAGCGGAUCUGGAAGCUGUACUAAACAAAAAGUAUGCCGAUCUAUGUACCAAGAAGGAUGCUGAAGUAUUGGAGAUGGAGAAGCUCCUAGAAUCGAAGAAAGCCGAAUUGGUGAAGUUGAAGGAGGAUCUCGAAGAAGAGUUGAGAAAAGAGGACGAGAGAAACGCAGCAGAAUGUGCCGAACUAGAACGCAACAACCAGCUUGAUCUUGAAAACUCUACACGGGAACAAGAGGAGCUACUGGCACCAUUUAAAGCGGAGUUGGCUGCUGCUGAACAGUACCACGAGGAUUUGAAGUCGCAGAAGGCGGAUAUUGAGAAGAACAUUGAGGAGUUGCGGGCUUCGAUCGAGGCGCACAAGCAGCACGUGGAAGAGUUGAACGUGACUAUUGCAGAGCACGAACAGAAACUACAGGCCGAGGGCGAGGAGUUGAACAACCUGGCUGACAGCCACCAAGUGCUGAAGGAGGAUCUUGACACCAACUACGUUGCUGUUCUUGAGAAGAGCAAAGAAGAGGCCAAGAUAUCGAGCGAGGAAGCUCGUCUCAAGCAAUUGGAGGUUGAUGCUCUUAUGAAUGAGCGUCAAACGGAACUUUCGAACACGGAGAUUCAGCUAAAGAAGGAGAAGCUUAACUUGAUCGAUGCGCUAAAGGAAGUUGCUGAAGUGAAGAACGAGGGCCAAAUCGACGAGGAGAAGGCCAAGGCGUUCUUGGGGACGACAUCUUCCGAGUUUGUUGCUAGCCAGCAGAAGAAGGAGGUGAAGCCAGUUGCUACGGCUGCUAUUCCAGAGCAAACUACGGCCCCAGCACCAACCGCAGCUCCUGCUGCUAAGGAAACACACGAAGACGACAAGGUUCUCAACGGCGUUGGGUUCAUCCCGCUAAAGUCGAAGAAGGGCCUUGUACAGAGAGGAAACUCGAUCAAGAAGUUUUUCGGAAUAAAAAAGAGCAGCCACAGCAGCGCUGCUUCUCCAGCGGAGAAGCCUGAGGCCGCUGCUUCAACUGAAAAGCAGGAGCCAGUCCCAGCUGAACAGCCAACCGCAGCCGAACAGCCAGCAGCCACAGAACUCGAGCCAACCUUCAGCGGGUUCAGCCAAGGUUCUGUUGAAAACAGACCUACAGACGAAAGUGACGACGCCAUAAACAAGAAGGAAAACAGAAAAUCCUUGUUCAAGGAAGUCUUCUAA